AUGUCCUACCCGCAGGGCUACCUGUACCAAGCGCCCGGCUCGCUGGCGCUCUACUCGUGCCCCGCGUACGGCGCGUCCGCGCUGGCCGCGCCGCGCAGCGAGGAGCUGGCGCGCUCGGCGUCGGGCUCCGCGUUCAGUCCGUACCCCGGCUCGGCGGCCUUCACAGCACAGGCGGCGACCGGCUUCGGCAGCCCGCUGCAAUACUCGGCAGACGCAGCCGCUGCAGCCGCCGCGGGCUUCCCGUCCUACAUGGGCUCGCCAUACGACACGCACACCACCGGAAUGACUGGCGCUAUCAGCUAUCACCCAUAUGGCAGCGCGGCCUACCCAUACCAGCUCAACGACCCUGCGUACCGCAAGAAUGCCACGCGGGACGCCACUGCCACCCUAAAAGCCUGGCUCAACGAGCACCGCAAGAACCCGUACCCCACCAAGGGAGAGAAGAUCAUGCUGGCCAUCAUCACCAAGAUGACCCUCACGCAGGUCUCCACUUGGUUCGCCAACGCGCGCCGACGCCUCAAGAAGGAGAACAAGAUGACCUGGGCCCCGAGGAACAAAAGCGAGGACGAGGACGAGGACGAAGGAGAUGCUGCCAGGAACAAGGAAGAGAAUCCGGACAAGGCUCAGGAUGGCACCGAGACCUCGGCCGAGGAUGAAGGAAUCAGUCUGCACGUCGACUCGCUCACGGACCACUCGUGCUCGGCGGAGUCAGACGGGGAGAAACUGCCCUGCCGCGCAAGGGAUCCCUUGUGCGAAUCGGGUUCCGAGUGUAAGGACAAGUUUGAGGACCUGGAGGAUGAGGAGGAUGAAGAAGAUGAGUGCGAGCGGGACCUGACGCCUCCCAAGCCCGUGACCUCCUCGCCACUCACGGGCGUGGAGGCACCCCUGCUGAGCCCGGCGCCCGAAGUCGCGCCGCGCGGUGGCAGCGGUGGCAAGACGCCCCUAGGCAGCCGGACGUCGCCUGGAGCGCCGCCGCCCGCCAACAAGCCCAAGCUGUGGUCGCUGGCCGAGAUCGCCACUUCGGACCUCAAGCAACCAAGCUUGGGCCCGGGUUGCGUACCUCCGGGUCUGCCAGCUGCCGCCGCGCCCGCCUCAUCUGGGGCCCCUCCGGGAGGCUCGCCCUACUCAGCCUCUCCGCUGCUGGGCCGCCACCUCUACUAUACGUCGCCUUUCUAUGGCAAUUACACAAACUACGGGAACUUGAAUGCCGCGCUGCAAGGCCAGGGCCUUCUGCGGUACAACGCGGCGGCCUCCGCACCAGGCGAGACACUGCACGCCGUGCCCAAGGCAGCUAGCGACGCGGGCAAGGCGGGCUCGCACCCGCUGGAGUCCCACUACAGGCCUCCGGGCGGCGGCUACGAGCCCAAGAAAGAUGCCAGUGAGGGCUGUGCGGUUGUUGGCGCAGGCGUCCAGCCCUACCUAUAG